CGGUUCGUGGUGGGCCGGCCCUCUUGAGUGGGCAUUUGGGCUGAGGCGUCGAGCGCUGGACAGAAACGGCAUUGCCUUCUGCCUGUCUCGCACUUCGUUCGCCGGGCGACAUGGCCAGCAGCGACUGGGAGAGGCCGCGCCGCCGCCCGUCGCCGGACCCCGUGGCGGUGCUGCGGGGCCACCGCGCCGCCGUCAGCGACGCCUGCUUCCACCCCGCACUCCCGCUCCUCUUCUCCGGCGCGGCCGACGGGGAGCUCAGGAUCUGGGACACGGCGAGCCACCGCACCGUCUCCUCCAUCUGGGCUCACGGUGGCGCGGCUGGGGUGUAUUCCGUCGCCUCUGGCUCCGGGCUUGGGAACGCGGUCAUUAGCCAGGGCAGGGAUGGUUUGUGCAAAGGCUGGGCGAUUGAAGAAGCUGGGCUCUCAAGGAGGCCCAUAUUUACAAUUAAAACAAGUACAUACCAUUUCUGUAAGAUGUCACUGGUUAAGGUUCCAUGUUCUGCACAUGCCACACAAACCAACUUGAGUCGCUCAAAUAGUGGCACUGAGCCACAAAGAGUACCUAUUGUAGAUAAUACUGGAUCAGAUGGUUUAAAUCCUGCAGAAGGAACACAAGAAUAUGAACAAGGCAGUUCCUUGGAUGGACAAAAUAUAUUGACAAUUGCUGGUCAAGAAUCGUUUGAGGUUGAACUUUGGGACAUUAAAAAUUCAACGAAGAUAAUGUGUUUGCCCAAAAGAUGCAGUGCUAAUAUGACAGGUCACCCUACCAAGCAAAAAGGUCUAUGCAUGGCCGUGCAAGCUUUCAUCCCGUGUGCAUCUGGAGGCUACGUUAAUAUUUUAUCAAGUUAUGAAGAUGGAAGCACUCUUUGGUGGGAUGUACGAAAGCCUGGGUCACCCUUAUCUUCAGUGAAGUAUCAUUCGGAAUCAGCUUUAUCCAUUGCUAUUGACGGUUUAUGCACCGGUGGGAUCUCUGGAGGUGCUGAUAAUAAAAUAGCCAUGUUUGCCCUUGAUCAUCAGAAGGGCACGUUUUCUCUCAGGAAUGAAAUAGAAAUUGAGAGACCCGGUGUAGCGGGUACAGCGAUUCGGCCAGACAACAAGAUUGCAGCAACUGCUGGUUGGGAUCACAGGAGAUCACAACUCCUAUCUGGCCACCGCCACGGGGAGCGGGCAAGCUUUGAGAGGAACGGGAUGGAGCCAGAGGCUAAGCGUAAUUUUUACAUCCUGGUGAUACUAGCUUUGUGGGUGAUACUAUAUGAUAUCAGGGUGAUGUUUAUCAAAAAAAAAUUGAUAUCAGGGUGAUAUUAUGAUUUCCGGAUGAUACUACGUUUUGCUUGUGAUACUAAAAGCCUGGGUGAUACCACAUUACACGUGCAAGCCAUGCCGCAAAGUAGAAAGACAUGUACUCCCUCCGUUCGGAAUUACUUGUCUCGGAAAUGGAUGUAUCUAGAACUAAAAUAUGUCUAGAUACAUCCAUUUUCACGACAAGUAAUUCCGAACGGAGGGAGUAUGAGAUACAAUAAAUUAUUGAACUUACAAAGAAAUACAUGAAAUUUGGUUACGAUGUCAGAGAAUGACUUGGUGAAAUAUGUGCUACCAUGGUCAAAUCAUAUAUCACGAGAUCCUUGAAGAUAAAUGAAAGCCACCGUAAGAUUCGUAUAUAUGUUUAUAAGAUUCAUCGAUGAAUCUUACAUCGGCCGAAAUGGGUCUUAGUUGUAAAUUUCUCUCCUGCCACUCUCCAGCGAUGACAGGCCAUGGGUUAUUUAGUUUCCAUAAUGAUUUACGUAGAGGCAUUUGACAGGCCAAAUGUUGGUUUGAUGCCAACAUUUGGCACUUCCAGUAUUUGGCAAGCCAACAUUUGACAAAACCAAAAAAUACCAAAAGUUGCAACCAUUUUAGAGACGGGCAAAAACCAAUUGGUAUCCAAUUUUGUAGACUUACCAUCAAUUGGCAUUACCAAAUACUCCCUCCGUCUGGAAAUACUUGUCGGAGAAAUGGAUAAAAAUGGAUGUAUCUAGAACUAAAAUACGCUUGAUACACUAACAGGGUUACAUAGGUUUAUAUUAGGGGGUUACAUACCGAAUAUCCUAGGUUAUAGCACGUUAUGUAGUUGAGGGACUCUGGAUCCACAGGCACGUUGGUGCUGGUGGCUGUGAAGAGGCCGAGUUGAGGUUGGGAGGAACCAGCUGUGUUCUUGUGCUCUCUUCUUCUACUACUGUGUGUUCUUGAUCUUGACCGAUUCAUGCAGAUUUUUGGACGCAAGGUCAACUCUCAAACGGGAAGAGUCUGUAUCCAUCGGGUAGAGUGGAUGCGGGUGUGGGAAUGCAGCACCCUUAUCCGCAUACUACGCCUAGGCCUACCUCCAUGGCUAUGACAUGGACCAGCCUAUCUUUUCUUUUACCUGCCUGUAUUCCAUGGCAGAUCUGUCGACGCUGUGGAUUUGGAGUGCUCCCGCCCGAUUCUACCUGGAAAUCGUAGUAUCACCCAUGAAGCUGAUAUCAUAAUAUCACCCACAAAGCUAGUUUCACCCUGAUAUCGUAGCAUCACCCACGAAGCUAGUUUCACCCUGAUAUUGUAGUAUCACCCAUGAAGCUAGUAUCACCCUGAUAUCAUAGUAUCAGAAGUAUCACCAGGAUGAUACUAGCUCCGCUGCGUUUGAUUAGUCAUCGCUGAUUACCAAACUGAUUUAGUGCUGGCUGAUUAGGUUUUCAGAGGUCAGAUAGUUGUGUGCCCUCUGAUAAGGCAAAACAGCUAAGAAAAAUAGAGCAGAAGUGCAAGACAGAGAAAAGAUGACAGUAGGAUAGGUGGAGAACAGAAAAUAGGUAGCAUUAUGUGCGCAGAAGAGUUAAGCAAAGUUGGACAAGGAGUAGGUGAUGUCCACCUGAGAAGCAUGCUUCUAUUUGUUUACCUGAGUUUGCAAAUGUUGCAUUUGUGUAAUCUUUCAGGUGUUUUGCAUCAUUUGCAGGAUUCGAGUGUAUAACUAC